CACACCUUUAAUUUCGGAGUAUGUUUGUUGUCAUCGUACUUAUGUAAUAAAGAAGUAAACAUUCAGGUGCAACAAUGUAUAAAACCAUCGUUCGAGUACCAACGUUCAUCAAAAAAUAUGAGCUUCUGAAGCUGCCCAAUUUUCAAACUCAACUAAAAGCCUCGAAAACCAAAGCUGCAAGGGCAUCAAGGGUGAAACUGCAGGCUGAGCUGGCAUCUAUUGAGGAGGCUGGUACAUUUAAGAAAGAGCGAAUAAUCAAGUCCAGACAGGGCCCUUCCAUUGAUGUACAUGGCUCUCAGAUACAGAUCCUCAACUUCUGUGCCAAUAACUAUCUGGGACUCUCGAGCCAUCCAGAGGUGAUAGAAGCUGGCAAAAAAGCCCUGGACUCUCAUGGCGCGGGACUCAGUUCUGUACGCUUCAUCUGUGGAACAAUGGACAUCCACAAGGAGCUGGAGGAUAAGUUGGCCCGUUUCCAUGGCAAGGAGGACUGCAUUCUCUACAUUAGCUGUUUCGAUGCAAACACAGGCCUGUUUGAGCAAUUGUUGAACGAACAUGACGCAGUGCUGUCAGACGAGCUUAACCAUGCCUCCAUCAUUGAUGGUAUCCGCCUGUGCAAGGCCAAGAGAUAUAGAUACAAGCAUGUGGACAUGGAGGAUUUAGAGAAGCAGCUGCAAGAAUCCCAGAAGUAUGAACACAGGCUGAUCGCCACCGAUGGUGUGUUUAGCAUGGACGGCAAAGUCACGCCCCUCGAUCAAAUCUGUGAUUUGGCCCUCAAACACAAUGCAUUGGUGUAUAUUGAUGAGUGCCAUGCAACCGGCUUUUUUGGAGAAACAGGAAGGGGUACCGAGGAGUAUUUCCAGAAGAAGACGGGAAAGGAUAUACAUGUGGACAUCAUCUGCUCCACCCUUGGCAAGGCUGUCGGUGGGGCCUCAGGGGGUUACACAUGUGGAUCAAAGGAGCUGGUGUCCAUGUUACGCCAGAGGUCUCGACCUUACCUGUUCUCCAACUCUUGCCCUCCACCUAUUGUCGCUUGUGCCAGCAAGGCCCUUGACAUUAUCAUGAGUGACCCGAGUCUGCCUGGCAAAGUGCAUAGCAACACUGUUCUGUUCAGGAACAAGAUGGCUGAGGCUGGAUUCUCUCUAUCGGGAGACCCAGACCACCCAAUCUGUCCUGUAAUGCUUGGAGACGCCAAGCUGGCCAGUGCCUUUGCUGAUGAAAUGUUAGAGAGAGGCAUCUAUGUCAUUGGAUUUUCAUACCCAGUUGUCCCUAAAGGUAAAGCCCGAAUCCGAGUUCAAAUAUCUGCUGCACACACUGAGGAGGAGAUUACAAGAUGUGUGGAUGCCUUUGUUGCCAUUGGACGCAAGUUCAAUGUCAUCCAGUGAAAAAACACAAGGCAGAUGAACAUGUCAUUAUGAAUGAAAUGUGGGGAGGGGAAUCUCGUUUUAGUCAUGGUAGUUUCAAUAACACAUGUUUUGUGAUUUAAUAUCAAUGUAUGAACUUUCAUAUAAUAAAAUGAUCUAGAAUUGCAACAAUAGAAUAGUUGCAGGGUCAAGUUUUAUCUUCAUUUUAUCUGUUCAGUUUCUGAAGUCCAUUGGGGUUUUAGGACUUUUUUUCAUGUAAUUUCAUUUGAUGCAUUGUAUAUUUAGCAACAAGUUAAUGUCUCAAUUUAAUAUAUUGAACGAACAAACUGUAACAUUUUAAUGUAAAAAAAUACUCAAUAGUUUAUUUUGAAUUUGUACUCUUAAAUAUCUAAUAACACUUACUUAUGAAUCUCAAUUUAUUCAAAUAUUUUUGUUAACCUUUUGUACAAUGCCUCUUAGGUUUUGUUGUCUCUCGUACAUAAAGGGUAUUGUUAUUGUAUUAUUACAGAGUUCUAUCUUUUAUACAUAAAUAUUUGCUCAUUACCAGCAUGCCUUACAUAUUUUCAGAACGAAAAUAAGUCAUAGUUAACUUUCUUCUAUGAAUAUGCUAUUUUUACAUCCUUAUCGGUGCUUUGUUAUUAAAAAAUAAAAGUUGUUAAAUAUAUUAAAGACAGGUUAUUUUAUCUAAGAUUAUUUUGUAUUGUUGAGAGAUUUAUCCCAAAUAUAUCACUGUUUUAAGCCAUAAAAUUAUGGAAAAUCUUAUUCAAUUGGUAAACAUUUUUGUUUUUACUUAUAUCUCUGGUUGUUUUUUAUUGAAUCUCAGAUGUACAUGUUUUAUGAAUUGAUCUGAUAUUUUAAUGCAAAUAUACAUUUUCAUGUUGUGGUGACAUUCAGUCGAAGUAGAGUCCCUUAACUGGUACCUGUCUCUAUGUACAUAUGAAGCGGUUAAAGUAUACCCAAACAAAACCAAGAGGAUAUAUGUUUUAUACAUAUUCAAUUUUACAUUACAGUUUAUCUUAACAAUUGUUGGUUGCAUUGUUGGUUUGUGUUUACAGGGUAGUCACAUACUAAGAGUUUGUGGUUGUGAAACAAGUUUUAAUUGCAUUUUAAUGUUACAUUGUAUUUGUUAUCUACCAACAUUCCAUUUUUGUGAUUUUCAUUUUUUGUCAGGAAAAUAAAUUUUGAAAUCUUUUGGAGGCAAGUUUAAGAGCUUUGUCUCAUAUUUAUUUUAUCAGUGUUUUUCUUAAUAAUCUAAUCUAUUGGUCCAAACAUGACUGAAUUUGGGUAUUUUUUUCACUGAUUUUCUUUUACUUCAAAUUUCUAUAUAUACAUGUGAUGGUACAAGUUUAAAUAAAUGUUAUGUAUCAA